UCUUGAGGAAUUUGAGGUGUAAAUGGUCCUUAAGAUAUCUUUUUGUUUCCAAGGGUGGGAGAGGUCUGAGGUGUGAAUUGGUCAUUACAAUGUGUGACAAGCUUGGUAGGAACAUCCUGUUUUCAGUGUUUUGUCCAUCUGAGUACCUUGAAAAUGCGUUGCAUGCAUUUUUCAUGAUGAAAAAAAGGCUCUGGAUAGCAUUGGGCAUUGGAAGAAUUAAAAAAAAAAAAAUUCAGACGCAAACGCUUAUACAUGCGAUUUGCCGCAUUUAGAUGCAUUUACAAGCGUUUUGCAUUCAAAACGCUGAAUGCAAGUUUUUUCUGCAU